AUGAAGACGGAUGAGAGAAUGAAAAAGAGCAUGAGAAAGGAAGAUAUUUAGGAGAUAUUGAAGAAGGAAACUAUACCUUAAGAAGUUACAGAGGAAGAAAUUUAAUAUUUGAAAGAACUUUUCUUAGAGAUUGCCAAGGCUAUAUAGUUAUUGAAGGCAUAAUGA